UGAUUAGUGUUUCAACACCCCUUGGAACAGCUUUGCCUUGCCGGUACCUUCCAAAGGUGGUGAAAGAGAAUGUGGCAAUUGAAGGCUCCAGCUCAAGGCUCCUCACAUUUUGCCCGUGGGACUGUCAUUCUGUGUGGGUGCGAUCCACAAGCAGGAAGGCAAUGGUAUGCACAAGAAUUGGUUGAGGCCAAACCAUAAACUAGUUUCAACGGGCCAGGAGCAAGAGCACGGAGCAUAGCAGAGGGGACUGGAAGCUGCGAUCCAGAGUCCACAUCAUCAUACUCCUUCCAAGCAAAGCCACUCCAGUCACCAUAAGUUCACCUUUCAGCUACGAGUACCUUUCUAUUAAUACCUCCUUAAAAGAAGCAUUGGACGUUUGAGUCAGCUCGCAUCGCAUGUCUCAUUGCUGCUUUUACUCUUUUACUUACAUGUACUUGGGGAGUGAGACAAGCGAUUCAAUCAGCAAAGUUAGUUGAGAAACUCCAGAGACUGUCACAUAAUUUCUUGGUUGCAUUCCAAAAAGUCAAACUGCAAGGAAGCCACGAACUGAUCAGAAGUCAGAAUAGCUUAGCUACCCAAUACUGUACCAGGUAGUGCUAGCAACUAAGCUUGCUUCUUGUUCCACAAUCUCAUACUUCCUUUUCCAUGUACUUGCAACUUCCCAUGAGCUUCACUAGCAACAACAACAGCAACAGCAACAGCAAUAACAACUCCAAUAAUAACCAAGGCAGCGACGGCAACCAGAUCGAUGCCAAUCUCUUUACCAGCAGCUUUGGCGUUAUUAUUCCUCCUGGCUUUGUCCCGGGCAAUCGAGACAUUAUUUGUGGCAAAGCUGCCAAGCAACACAGUGGCAAUGAAUGGUGCCGUCGUCUCAUUGAGGUGGAGCUUCAGCAGUUCUGGGAACAAGCUAAGAAUAGUACCAAGAAACGAGCCAGUACCAGUAAAAAGAAAAAGAAAUCGUCCUUGUCAUUUACCCGCGAAGAAAAGGCAACCAUGGUCAACCGGAUUCUAUCCACCGUCAAGACGACCAAUACUCUCACGGGCGGCUUUGUACGGGUCGACCACAGAUCAGGUAGAUGGAUCCGUGUCCCGGACCAUCAAGCCCGGAAAAAGAUUCUCGAAAUCAUGCAGGAUGUAGCAGUCUCGUGGGGCAAGGCAGGUACGGAUACUUCGUUGUCGUCAGGAGAGAGGAACAGUGCCACCAACCUGCUCAACCAAAACUUUCUACAACAAUACGUGGCCAAACAAACGGCCGCGCUCCAUAAAUCAUCAGAACAACAAGACGGGAGCCCAGCGGCCAAACGAAGAAGAAUCGAUCAACAGGCCACCUCCAACAACACCAUGCCCCACCACAGCAAUGUCAAUAAUAGUACUGUGGCGGCAGCCCCAGCAGGAGCGAGGUUCAGUCCACCCUCUGCCUUUUCGGCCGCAUCCGUAGCUGCCGCCUUGUCCUCGCACGAUCUCGAGCCCAAUCCCGUCUUUCCGCCCAACGACCAUCCCUCUUCUUCCGUGGCAAGUAUCAGUGGCACCAGCCAACACUCGCAUGCCGCGGCCAGCAGAACUCACUCACCAGCAGCAGCGGCGGGGCGUACCGCCAUCAUGCACCAGGAUGGCCAAAUUCAUGAAGCGCUUCGACUGCAAAACUUUUUCGGGAUUCUCGAGGCGGCCAUUCCCGACGAUGCAUCAGAUCAAGACGCGGACCCCUUGGAGCCGAAUCCGUUCCCACGCUGAUCUAUCUGACCUGGCUGCCAAAGUAAUGCAGGCAGGCAACUUGCCUUUCAUAAAGCUUACAGCUUAACUGCCUGCCGGCCGCAAACUCCUCCUGCGAGGAGCAAUGAAGCGACGACGUCAUGCGAAGCAAACUCCCCUUGACCAUAUCAUUGUGUACUACUUUCCGUUCCUCACCAUACCACCUACAGAAGAAUCUAUUCUAUUCACGGCUUUGCUCUCUCAAGUUUUCGCCUGAAGACACGGGCGUUGCUUCUCUUGCCAAAACUAUGUACAAAAUAAUGACACAACAUUCAAUACUUUAUAAACUACUUUAGACAAAGUCCAUUACCUCGUUGGUC